CGGAUUCUUGUGCUCGACGCAUUGACACGUACGGUACGCUAUCAGAAGUUAUCGAUUUGGGCAGUUGCCGCGUGAACUUGAAUUGCACGAUAAUAUAAUAUAAAUAAAACGCGUUAGUGCUAUUAUAGUGACAUUACCGUUGUGUUUUCGUGUGUGAUGGGGAAGAGAAGGAGGUGCCCAAGGUCCAGUUCUGAGUCAAGCGAUAUUAUUGGCUCAGAUGAUCUUUCUUUAGUCUUAAAACAUUUAAAGAAAAAAGUUAGGAACAAUCGAAGACAGCGAUCUCGAUUUCGUUCCCCUGACAAAAAACGUGGUCGCUCACAUUCACGUUCAUCUGAAAAAAGUGAUAAUUCUGUAGUACGCAAGCCUCGAAGACGUAGAAUUAUUUCAUACUCGUCUUCAUCCGAGGAAAGCAUAAACGAGCCACAGCCUGUUAUAAAUUGCGACAGAGACCGAGACCGGCGUGCAUCGGCAAAUGUCGCAGGUGAAGGUUGUGCACAGCGAGGUACAACAGCUUCACUAAGUUCCGACUUCAUCAAUACUGAAAAGAACGAGGAAAGUACCUCUCAAACACCUAUAUCAGAAGGUUUUUUGAAUAUAUUCGGAGAGGAUCCACAUCACAAAAAUGAUGAAACGUUUGAUCUUCAUCCGGCUAUUGCUUCAAGAUGGCAAUUCAUAAUUCAAAAAGGCUUGACAAGUGAACAAAGAGUCGAAAUAAAUUCCAAAUAUCAGAAACCUUCCAAUUUACAAUUGAAUCCCCCUGAUAUAAACCCCGAGAUUGCCAGUAUAAUGUCUAUGGCUCAUAAAAAUAAGGAUAACAGCUUGGUUAAUCUCCAAAAACAGAUUGGUUUAGCCUUAUUAACCUUAGGACAUAGCCUUGGGGAGCUUAUUACUACGGCAAAUAGCAACAGCAAGAUAGUGGACCCACUUUGGGAUUCGGCGCGAGUGUUAGCAAACACUUUCCAUGAAAUCACUGAAAAAAGAAAGCAGUUUAUUUUGCCGUUGGUUAACUAUAAUAUGAAAGUCAUCUUAGAACAAACAGAAACUACAAAAGAAUAUUUAUUUGGAGAUAAUUUGACGGACAAAAUCAAAGCGGCCAAGUCCAUCGAAUCUACAAGUAAAAACUUAAAAUCCUUCACUAUUAAAAGGUUCACCCAAUAUCAACCUCGAAGGCAGGGAGGCGUAAUAAACCGAAAACCGACAACAGCGGCGCAGGGCACCAGUGUAAGUACGACUAGACCAUCAAGACCGACUUUAAACGAAUAUCGCCCCAUCCGCUAUCCGAGGGAAGCGAGACAGACCGCCAGGGGCCAACAAAAACCCUCGAGGGAACGUUAUCGUCGCAAAUAUUAGAAGCAGAGGUAGGAAAUUCACACCAGGCAG